CAACCAAAGCAUUCAUUAAAUUACCCACCAUUGACCUUCCACACUUCUCAGGAGAUUAUCACAAUUGGCUCGAAUACAGGGACACUUUUGAAUCACUGAUACACAACAACAAAUCAAUAGAUAGUAUUCAAAAGUUUCAUUAUUUGCGUGCAUCUCUGCAAGGUGAAGCUUCCGAUGUUAUUAAAUCGUUAGAAAUGUCAUCAAACAAUUACAGGGUAGCUUGGGAACUGAUCACAGAAAGAUAUAAUAACACACAUCAGCUGAUAUACAAUCAUCUUCACGCAUUAUUCAACAUACAAAACAUUGAAAAAGAAUCAGCAACAUCACUCAGACACUUACUAGAUACAGUAAAUAAAAAUCUCAGAGCACUUAAUACACUAGGCGAACCCACAGUAGAUUCAAUGUUGAUUUAUCUUAUUACCUCCAAAUUAGAUAUCACAACACUCAGAUAUUGGAAAGAAUCAAUCAAUAACGACACAGUAGAAAAGCCCACACUUCAAAAUUUAAAGACAUAUCUCAGUGAUCGUUUCAUGCUUUUACAAAAUCUCGAAGACACAAAAACCACACAACAAACCGAUUCAAAAUCGCAUUCAUUAAAAUCAGAUGCUAAAGAUAAACAAUCUCGCAUUUCUUGUCCCCUAUGUAAAGGUCAUCAUUUUCUAUUCGGUUGUUCACAAUUCAAACAAAUGACUGUGGAAAAGAGAAUAGAGAAGGUUUCCAAGUUUUCCAACUUCUGUGCUAACUGUUUGCAUAACGGUCAUGAAACAAAGUCAUGCCGUGGAGGAGCAUGUAAAUAUUGUCAACAGAAACACAACACAAUGCUACACAUACAUAAGGGACCGACCAAAGACACUGUGCACACAACACUCGCUAGUAACAGUAGCUCACAAUCACAACACGCAUCAGUAUUACUUUCCACUGCCUUAGUUCAUGUCAUCGCUAGUGAUGGAACACCACACUUAGCCAGGGUUUUGCUGGACAGUGGAAGUACCUCCUGUUACAUUACAAACAGUCUGAGUAAAAAGCUUAAUCUUACAUUCGAACCCAUACACGGCACAGUUUCAGGCAUAAAUCAGCAGCAAACAAACAUUUUUUAUCGCACAAAAAUUCAGAUAAAAUCAUUACAUGGUUCAUUCACAACUAACUUAUCAUGUUUGGUACUUGAUACAAUAGCACAGUCAUUACCUUACAUGCGCAUCAAUACACAAGGUUUGAAUAUACCUAAACAUUUAAAACUAGCCGACCCUCAGUUCUAUGAACCCGCAGCAGUUGACAUAUUGCUAGGUGCAGACAUAUUUUGGCAAAUAAUUAGCAGCGGUCACAUUCGAUUAGGCAAAAACCAGCCUACUUUACAAGAAACUGAACUAGGCUGGCUAGUUUCCGGUUGCACAACAAACACCGACAAGCAAGCAAACAGUUGUUUUUUCAAUAACAACAACUCAGAUCAGUUAUCACGCUUCUGGGAGCUAGAUAGUUUAACUAAUACACAAGUAGACGAUCCUUCCGACUCAGAUGCAUGCGAGAUAAUUUUCACUCAAACAACUACAAGACAAAGUGAUGGUAGAUUCGUUGUCACUAUUCCAUUUAAAAAGUCACCUGAUUGUUUAGGUGACUCCUAUUUUCAAGCAAAAAGACGGUUUUAUUCCAUAGAAAACCGCAUGAAUUCAAAUCCCACAUACAAACAACAGUACUCAAACUUCAUAACAGAGUACAUACAGCUAGGUCACAUGUUUUUAAACAAACACUCACAUCAAAAUACAUACAUUAAAUCAGAACAUAAAACAUCAAACCUACAGUCAGGUACCAGCACGAACACAAACACACAGCACUCACCAGUAUACUACCUUCCACAUCACGGUAUUGUACGCGAGACCAGCACUACUACAAAAUUCAGAGUAGUAUUUGAUGGUUCCGCAAAGACGUCCUCAAAACUAUCACUCAACGACAUUCAGUUAGUAGGACCUGUCGUCCAAGACGAUCUUGUUUCUAUACUCAUACGAUUUCGACAACAUAAGUAUAUAAUAUCAUCAGAUAUUGAGAAAAUGUUUCGCCAGGUGAUGCUGAUGGAGCAUCAGCGCCCAACACAACAAAUCAUAUGGCGAUACAAUCCUACGGAACCUCUGCAAACAUAUACGCUCAACACUGUCACAUAUGGCACGGCAUCGGCGCCGUAUUUAGCAACACGCUGCAUAAAACAAAUAGGCUUAGAUUGUAAAAACACACAGAAUCAUUCAGACAGCUAUGAUCACAAAAUUGUCUCCGAGGUCAUCUUGCAUGAUUUUUAUUGUGAUGAUCUUUUGACAGGAACCGAUGAUGAGUCAUUACUCUUUGAAAUCGCCAAAGGCGUCUUUCUUGAAUUAAAAAAAUAUCAAUUUCCACUUAGAAAAUGGCAGUCUAACUGUCAAACUGUUCUACAACAUCUGGGUUUCAAUGAUUCAAAUGACACAACAUUCAAUCUUAGCUCAAAUGAUCCAUCUAAAACACUAGGCAUUUAUUGGAACAUUAACAAAGACACAAUUUCAUACACAGUACAUUCAGAAUUUGUAUCACAAAAACAAAUCACAAAACGCACAAUCUUAUCCACCAUAGGUCAUAUUUUCGACCCACUGGGACUUAUUAGCCCUUGCAUACUCGAAGCUAAGCUAAUUAUGCAACAGAUGUGGACACACAACGUCAGCUGGGACGAUGAAAUACCGGUUUCAAUACAACAACAAUGGGCAAAGUUCGUAGAAUCGUUAUCUUUUAUAAAUCAUUUAUCUAUUCCUCGGCGAGCAUUUCAUGACUCAUCGCGCGAUUACAUUGAACUGCAUAUUUUUUGCGACGCCUCACAACAGGCAUACGGUGCAUGCGCAUAUAUACGUACUUAUACAUCAGAUGGCAGUAUCAGUGUUCAACUGUUAGUUGCCAAGGGACGGGUGGCUCCUUUAAAAGCACUUACCAUACCGCGACUGGAAUUAUGUGCCGCGUUUACCGGUGUUAAUUUAAGUAAUAAGAUAUUGAACUCCGUUCGCAACAAAAAUUAUGUCCGACUGCGACACGGCACGGCUGCCGCGUCAUCACCGAAUCGAACUUCUACGCCAACAUUUUUGGAGACGCUUUAAUAAGGAAUAUAUUUCUCAGUUGCACCAACGAACGCGCUGGCAACGCUCACGCGGCGCGCUCACAGAGGGCUCAUUGGUCAUCGUGAAAGAUGAGGCGCUACCGGUGGCUCAGUGGCCAUUGGGACGUAUCGUGAAGCUGUAUCCGGGACAUGACGGAGAAGCUCGAGUGGCGGACAUCAAAGUAAAGACCGGGACAAUCAGACGGGCCUUUCAUAAAAUAUGCCCAUUACUGGAUGAACCAUCGGACUGAUCAUGAAAUAUCAUACAUCAUCAUCACCUGGGCUGGCCUUUCCUUGGUCGCCCGGGAAUAUGUUAACGCACACGUUAACACGCACGCACAUGCAGACACACAUGCAUCUCAAGCAGAGGGGAGCGGGCGGCGUGGCGGGGCAGCGACGGCUCGCGCGCCCUCCAAACACACCUUACGACAACGCGAGCAAGAACGGACGGGAUUGCGAAUUUAAUUAGUGCUAAUAGCCUACUUAAGAAAACCUAUUAAACCAAGAAAUACA